CUCAGCACUAACCCGGUAGAUCUUCACACGGGGGGCGAAUAUUAAUGCACUCGGACGCUGUCCGUGUUCCCGCGCCGUCUGAUGGUCAGUCUCCGUGUUUCUGACUGCCUCCGUGCUGAGCUGGACCUUCUGUUCCUCACAGCCGAGCCUGACCAGCCCAAACUGGUUGAACUGGGAGCCCAGUGGAGCUGACUGACCAACACAGGGGAUGUUUUGGAGACACUUUGAUGGUGUAACUGGACGACUAGCACCACCAGCGCGACCAGACUGGCCCACCAGCUUCACCAGCCACAGACGGGACUGUGUGUUCUGCAAGGCAAGGAGAGCAAAAUGUCCAGCGUUAAAGAGGAGUGUGAGGAUAUCAGUGUGAUGGAGGUGACUGGACUGAAGACUGAAGACCAGCAGAUGGACGAAGAAAGAAUUUUAUAUGAAGACGUUAAAGAGGAGCACAAACCAGAUGUAAAGGAGUUUCAGAAAGAAUCUAACUCACAGAAACCUCACCGGGGUGGAAAAAGCUACAGUGAAGCCUCCCACCUGAAAGAUCACCUGAGAAUUCAUACUGGAGAGGAACCAUUUACCUGUUCACAGUGUGGGAAGAGCUUCACCUCUGAGAAAUCUCUGAAACGCCACAUGGACGUCCAUGACGGAAAGAGACCUCAUCAGUGCUCUCAGUGUGAGUGGAGCUUCAAACGCUUAAUAGAUUUAAGACAACACGAGACAAUUCAUACCGGAGAAAGGCCAUUCGCCUGCUCCGAGUGCGAAUGGAGCUUCAAACGGUUCAAAGAGUUAAAGCAGCAUGAAAAGAUUCAUACCGGAGAAAAGCCUUUCAGCUGCUCUCAGUGCGGGAAGAGUUUUUCGAGAUCGUCCGACUAUAAAACCCACAUGAUGAUUCAUACCGGAGAGAAGCCGUUCUCCUGCUCCGAGUGCGGAAAGGGUUUCUCGGUGCCGAGACGACUUAAAUCCCACAUGGUGAUUCAUACUGGAGAGAAGCCUUUCAGCUGCUCUCACUGCGGGAAGAGGUUUUCCAGACCGUUCGACUAUAAAAUCCACAUGAUGAUUCAUACCGGGAAAAGACCUUUUCCCUGCUCCGUGUGCGGAAAAAGUUUCGUAAACUCAAGUCAGCUCAAAAUCCACGUGAUGACUCAUACCGGGGAGAAGCCGUUCGUCUGCUCCGAGUGCGAAAAGUGUUUUUCAACAUCAGGACAACUUAAGUCCCACAUGAUAACUCAUACCGGAGAUAAGCCGUUCGCCUGCGCUCAGUGCAGGGCGAGUUUCAGGAGCGCCAGCGGUUUGAAGAGGCACAGGUACGUACACACUGGAAACAAGCCUCACCAGUGCUCCCAGUGCGGGAAGAGCUUCGUUCGGCUCUCCGAGUUAAAAGACCACCAGAGAAUUCAUACUGGAGAAAAGCCUUUUAGCUGCUCGCAGUGCGGCAAGAGUUUCGCGACCACCAGUGGUCUCGCAUAUCACACGUACGUACAUACAGGAAACAAACCCCACCAGUGCUCCCAGUGCGAGAAGAGCUUCACCUGUGUCUCGAAGCUGCAGCUACACCAGAUGUCGCAUACUCAGGAAAAGCCUUUCAGCUGCUUCCAGUGUGGAAAGAAAUCGGGAACGUUGUCGAACCUGAAGGUGCACAUGAGGGUUCACUCGGAGGAAAGACCUUUUGUCUGCUACUGGUGUGGAAAAGGAUUUAAGCUGCUGGACCAGCUGAAGUCACACCAGAGAACACACCAGAGAAGAGAGACAAAGAGUGGAUUAUUCAGACUCCAAAAUACAAAUGAGUAGGAAGAAAAGCUGAUAAAC